AAUGCAUAAUGAACUAUUGUUUGACUUUGAACACUAAAACCCCAGAACACGAAUCCCAGAUCCCGCCAGUCAUAUACUGUGCCAAAGAGAAGGGCAUGCAAGUCAGAACCCGAAGUGGGGGCCAUGACUACGAGGGGCUCUCUUACGUAUCACAAGUCCCUUUUAUGAUCAUUGAUUUGAUCAAAUUCAGUGAAAUAACUAUUGAUGUUGGUGAGAAGACGGCGUGGGUCGGAUCCGGGGCAACCACUGGUUCUUUAUACUACAGGAUUGCAGAGAAAAGCCCGGUUCUUGCGUUUCCCGCUGGUGUUUGUACGACGAUUGGCAUCGGUGGCCACUUCAGCGGAGGAGGCUACGGAACGUUGAUGAGGAAAUAUGGCUUAGCUGCUGAUCAAGUUAUCGAUGCAAGAAUAAUCGAUGUUAACGGCAGGAUUCUUGAUAGAAAAUCAAUGGGCGAGGAUAUGUUUUGGGCCAUCAGAGGCGGCGGAGGUGCUAGCUUCGGCGUCAUAGUUGCUUGGAAGGUAGAACUGGUCGACGUUCCAGAAACUGUCUCUGUUUUCAACGUUGCCAGAACACUAGAGCAAAAUGCUACUCAACUCUUUCACCGCUGGCAAUACGUAGCUUCCGAACUCGACAAAGAUUUGAUCAUCGGAAUCACGGUAGCCAAGACGAACACAAUCACCGUUUCCUUCUUCUCACUCUUCCUCGGUGGAAUCGACAGACUCCUUCCACUGGUGCAAGAAAACUUCCCCGAACUCGGGCUGGUAAGAGAAGACUGCAUCGAAACGAGCUGGAUCCGAUCAAUCCUAUUCCAUUACGGUUUCCCCAUUGAUUCUUCAAAGGAGGUGUUGCUCAACAGAACUCAACGCAGCGUCACAAACUUCAAAGGAAAAUCGAAUUACGUGCAGAAACCCAUUCCCGAACACGGGCUGGAAGGUAUGUGGAGGCUGUUUAGCGAGGAGGAGGCCGCGGGCGCGUCCCUCAUUAUUUCCCCGUACGGGGGCAGAAUGGCGGAGAUUUCUGAAUCCGCCAUUCCUUUUCCGCACAGGGCGGGUAACUUGUACAAAAUUCACCAUAUAGUAUUUUGGGGCGAAGAUGAUGCUCAGAAGUCAGAUAUGUACAUAAGUUGGACUAGGAGGUUUGACAAAUACUUGACUCCUUUCGUCUCGAGGCGUCCUAGGGAAGCGUAUCUCAACUAUAGAGAUCUGGACCUCGGAGUUAACAACGUUGUGGGAAACACUAGCUAUGCUCAGGCAAGCGUUUGGGGGAAGAGAUAUUUCAAAGGCAAUUUUGACCGGCUGGUUCGGGUGAAAACUGUUGUUGAUCCCGAGAAUUUCUUCAGGAACGAACAGAGCAUUCCGCCAUUGCAUUAGUGUGUGAUUCACUCUAGAAGAAAAAAAAUAAUAAUAAAAUAAAAUUUGUAAAGCAAAUUCUCAAUAAUUUACUUAUUUUGUACUGUGUUUUAUGCAUUA